UCCGUCGGCCCGAGCCCCGCGGGGAGCGGCGCGGCGGGGAUGAGGCGGAUGGCCUCGCACCCACCGUAGCGGCGCGGCCGCCUCCGCCAUGAAACGAAAGAGCUGGGCCGAGACCCGGCGCCGUGCAGCCCCGGCGCUGCCGGCUAUGAAGAGAACUCGGGGAGCGGCGUGGCGGGCGGUGGGGGGCGACGAGGAGAGGCGGCAGCCGCCCCCCGACGCGCCGGAGACCUGCCUGAGGAUCGCCGAUCGCCUUUAUUUUGCUAUUCUCUGCCAAAAACCAAAGAGUGGAGCUGCAGAUACCCAUUAUUUCUGCAUAGAUGAUGAAUUCGUAUAUGAGAAUUUCUAUGCAGACUUUGGACCACUCAAUCUGGCAAUGGUCUACAGAUAUUGCUGCAAGCUAAAUAAGAAAUUAAAGUCAUUUUCAUUGAUAAGGAAGAAAAUAAUUCAUUAUACUGGCUUUGAUCAGAAAAAGCAAGCAAAUGCUGCAUUCCUCAUAGGCUCCUACGCAGUAAUAAUUAUCUUGAAACAAUUUUUAAGAAGUAUCUUAGAGAAAUAUUUUCAUUUGCUUUCAGUUGGAUUAAAUGGUAAAUUUAUCCCAUUUUUGGUUAUCAUACAUUAUAGGGAUGCUUCCUUUGGUACUUGCAGUUUUCACCUGACAUUGCUAGACUGUUUCCAUGCAAUCAACAAGGCUUUGCAAUAUGGUUUCCUGGAUUUCAAUACUUUUGAUGUAAAUGAAUAUGAGCAUUAUGAAAGAGCAGAAAAUGGAGAUUUUAACUGGAUAAUACCAAACAAAUUCAUUGCCUUCAGUGGACCUCAUUCAAGAAGUAAAAUUGAGAAUGGCUAUCCCCUCCAUGCUCCUGAGGCUUAUUUCCCAUAUUUCGGGAAGCAUAAAGUCACCACUAUAAUACGCCUCAACAAAAAACUGUAUGAUGCCAAACGAUUUACAGAUGCUGGAUUUGAACAUUUCGACCUCUUCUUUGCUGAUGGAAGCACACCUAGUGAUACUAUAGUUAAAACAUUUCUGAAUAUUUGUGAAAAUGCUGAAGGUGCUAUAGCUGUUCAUUGCAAAGCUGGUCUUGGACGAACUGGUACACUUAUUGCUUGUUAUAUUAUGAAGCAUUAUCGGAUGACAGCUGCUGAAACUAUUGCCUGGAUUAGAAUAAAUAGACCAGGUUCAGUGAUUGGACCACAACAGCACUUUCUGAGGGACAAACAGGCAGAACUUUGGACAGAAGGAGAUAUUUUCCGUGCGAAGUUGAAAGGAAACCAUAAAAUUGCUGUAACAAGAAUUCUGUCAGGAGUAGAUGAUAUUUCAAUUAAUGACACAAGAGGAAGAAGAACCAUCCAAAGGGACAGUGAACUGUACAGUGAUGAAGAUGAAACAAACUGUGUAACACAAGGUGAUAAGCUUCGUGCUCUGAAAAGUAGAAGGCAGGCAAAAGCUCCAGCUGCAUCUCCACUAGCAGUAAUUCUGCAGUCCAGUGUUCAGAAAAAUAAAACCUCUGAACCUAGCAUUUCUGACAGUACAGACAUUACUAAAAGAACUACCAGGUCUGCUGCAAGAAAAAAACAUUUAAAAAAGCAGGUCAUUAUGAAAGAAGAGCCUGGGAGCAUAACUUAAAACAGUUUCCAAGCAGUUUCCAGUGGUUACGGCUGAACAGAAUUUGUCUUGUGUUUAUAUUGAACAACUUUUGAAUGGGACUGUCACGUGCUGAAGAGACUUGUUGGGAAGAGUAAAAGCAGCCAGUCCGUCCCAUGGACUAGAACAGUACUGCACCAAAUUUCAAACAAGCAAUCAGUGUUGAAGUGGAUAUUCAGGAAUCAUGGGGAUAUAACUCGAUGGGACUUGAUGCAAUUCAAGGAAGAAUACUCUGGCUCCAUUUUUCAGCAAAAGUGAAACAGAAGAAUCUCUUCCAUACUUGUAGAAUAAAAUGAACUAUCAAUAAGACAGUUGGUAGACAUGCUUCUAAUGUUCUAACACUUCCUCAAACUAAACCAACAAAAUCUGUGUACAUUUAGACUCAGGUGUAAAUACUUAAGCUCUCUAUAAGAGAGAGCUUGCAAGUAUGUAAGAUGCAUGUGUAUAAUUGUGAUGGCAAUCACUUAGCUGCUGACCACCAGAAAUUAAAAGAUGGUGGGGAGCUUUUAAAUAUAUAAAUCUGUGUUGUCCAUUCAGACUGGGCUCAAGUCUUGACUUGAGACUGCAUAUUAACCAUGAAAGCUUUCUUCUUAUAGUAUUGGUACUGUGUUAAUUGGCUCUUCUUUCUUAUUUUGUAUGAAGUUUUUUAUGAAGCCACAGUAUUGAGUACACAAAGUAACUAUUGUCCACCAAAGAGUGCUUUAUUUUCAAAGGUUGUGUGGUUUGUUUAUUUUGAAAAUACUAACUCUAAGCAAUUAACUUGUUUUUAAUAGACUUUUAGUUGUUUACCACCUGUGUCUUUUUUAAAUAGUUGCAAUUGCUUUAAAUCUAGUAUGAUUUUAAGGGGGAAGGAAAACAUCUUACCACUUAAAGCAGUGCUAGCAUAUUAAAAUUUCAUUACUGUUUCUUCCCCUAUCCUCAAGUCUUUUAGGUGAAACUUCAGGUUACCCUAUCUAAAAGCUAGGGAUUUUUCCUAGGUUUUAUUUCUACACUUGAUAACACAUGGUUGUUACAGUUUUUUUUAUUUGAGACACUUAAUGAGUGCAGCACACAAAAAAGGGAAAAUAAGUUUGCUGUACAACCAAGAUUAGUAGUGGAACUUGGGCAGAUUCAGUUUUUAUCAUGUACUUAACACUAUAAAAACUACAGCUUACCUCUGUUAAAAACGCAGUGCAAUUAUCAGAAGAGCCUGUCUGAGACUGGAUUUUUUUUUUCCACUACAAGACAGUCUUCAGACAUUGGCCUCAUUUUUUCAGUAUCACUUUUCACAUUAUGAAGUCUCAGUGCUGGCUUUAGAAGUGUACCCUUGUCUGCCAACUGAAGUUUAUAGCUGCAUAUCCCUCAGAUGAGGACUGUUACCACAUGGCCUUAAAUAUUAUAGAGUGAUAUGUUAUGUAUGUUAUUGUAGAUCUAUUAUUUAGUGACACUUACAGUAGAAAGUAGAAGAAAUUGAGAGAUCUGAAAUGUUAGCAAAUGUUAAAGGUACAGAUUACUUCUGCAAGGGAGACAGUUUUGCUUUUAUGAAUGUAAGUGGGCAGGUUGAGAGUCAAGUUUCAGUCUACAUUUCUGUCUAUAUCUUUUACAUUAAAAUUAUGCUUUCUGUUAGGUUGUUGAGUUUUUUAAUGCCAAUCUUAAUAACCAGAUAUUUGGUGUCAAGAGCAUGAUGAGAUGGGAAGGGAAGCAGAAUGAAAAGUGCAAGUGACUUUCCAGGUUGCAUCUUCAAGUUUGUAUUGUCAAAAUUUGAAGUAUGAAUAGCAGAUAAACAGAGGCUUGUAUGGUGCAGAAUAAAGAACCAUCAGGGCUCAUCCCCAAAAUGUUUUUGUUUUCUGCUUCACCCUCACCACUCUUCUCAUCUAGGUGUAAAACACUGAAAAAGGAGGGACAGAAUGCAUUCUGACACAGUGAUGAAAAUUUCUUGGUUUUCUUUUUUUUUUUUAAAGUAAGCCACUUGCCCAAAAGUUGAAGUACAGGUAACCACAAUACAUUGUGCAAAUACGAAUCUGUGUUUAUUUUUGAUGAAAAUCUUGGAAGGCAGAAGGGUUGCAACUAGUGUGGUGAGAGUCAAAACAAGAUUUGGAAUUGUUUGCUGUGUAUGGCUUUGCCCUUCUUUUGGCUGAGCUUCAUCUUUUAGCUUCUUUGGUUUUAAUCUAAAAAUGAUGUGUCUGUUUCCCACUCCUUCCAAAUUCCAAAUUGGAAUUUGAAUUUUUUAAAGUAACCAGCAGAGCCAUUAGCAAUUUCAGGUUCAUCAGAAGUAAAUUUGAGUAAAACUAAGUGCACAAACACACACAAUAGCAACUCUAGCUAAAAUAAAACGGCAUGUUUAACAUUAAUUUGUUUCAGGAUACCACUUCCACCACCCAGUAUCCAAGUAUGGAACACAUAGAUGUCAAAAUGAUUUUAUAUUUGAACAUUCUAAAUAGCCUUUAUAUGGAAAAUUAACUCAUUACCUCAUUGUGUCCCACCUAAUUGUAUUGUUUAGUUUGUCCCUCUGAAUUUUUAGUAUUUUGUCUAGCACUUUUAUUAUACCAUACCAAAGUUGUCUUAAUGACAAGAAUGAAGAGUGGUUAUGGGUGACGAAGUCCUUGGUUUAUAAAUGUCUUUUGCAUUGUGAAGUAUUAUGUGCCAAAAUAGAAUGUGUGAUGGCAGCUGCAUCAUCAUCGAACCACAGAGCAGCUGAAGAAAUCUUUCUGCUGUCAUCAAUUGGAGUUUUUCCUUACAAAUUCCUUACCCUCUUCCAAAUUUAUGACACAUGGAUUCUCCCUUGAUCUCAUAUUCAAAAGUAUGCAGCAUACUCAAAUCCUGCAAUAUUUUUGGUUCAGUAUCUAGCUGCCAUUACAGUAUUAAUGACCAACUCCAAUGUUAACCCCGACCAUGUCUUUUUGCCCCAGUAUGACAACAGAGGAAGUGCUGCUGAUUUAAAACAAAACAAAACAAAAAUUGUAGAGACUCAUGCAUUAAAAUGGAAAAAAAA